GGAUACGGCACCGGGUAUGGAGCUCCGCAGUCGCAGCCGUUUCAGGACGGGUACGGUACGGGGUACGGCGCUGCACAAUCGUCUUCUCUGCAAGCUGGGUACGGCACGGGGUACGGCACUACACAAGAACCUUCUCUGCAAGCUGCGUACGGCACGGGGUACGGCGCUACACAAACGUCUUCUCUGCAAGCUGCGUACGGCACGGGGUACGGCGCUACACAAACACCUUCUCUGCAAGCUGCGUACGGCACGGGGUACGGCGCUACACAAAUACCUUCCCAGCAAGCUGGGUACGGCACGGGGUACGGCGCUACACAAAUGCCUUCCCAGCAAGCUGGGUACGGCACGGGGUACGGCACA